CCCGGGUGGAUGGCCGGUGCGUGUGUGCUUCGUCUGUUCUUUAGGGCAUUGGCGGACGGUUGGGUGUGUUGUCGUUCGCAUCGGCUCUGCUCGAUGUCGGCGACGGCGCGGCAAAUGUUUGCCUCUCUUUCUAGGAGAGGGGCGGAGGUGCUAUGUGGGUGAGAGAUCUGAAGCAGAGGGGGCAGCGGUAGCUCCGGCUCGAAAGAAGGGGAAGACGAUAUUUCUUACCGGCAGACACGAAUUGUGCGAGGGUGACCAUCGAAGGGGAGGAAGCAGACGCGUCACAAGCUUCUUCGAUUUGGAGGCGCGCGAGCGCGCGUCCUCGCCUACAUACAGUCCAAGAGGGAAAAAUCGUUGUGCGAGAUAUAUGAAUCGUUUCCGGCGGUUUCUGUUUUCUCCUCGCAAGCAGAGUUGCCGGUGUAAUGCAGAGCAUGUCAUCUAUUUCCCAGACGUAAGGAAGGCAUUGGAAUUGCAGCCUGCCAAAAUGAUUGAGUGCAGAAUCGCAAAAGGGACAACCAUCUUAAGAUAUCUGCUCCUGAGAGGUAUCAUUGGGCUCAGCGAAGGUGCAGGCCGGAUAUUAUCCAGCUUCGCGGGCAAGGAAGAAUGCUCUACUUCAGUUAUGUCCUUCUUGGAUGUCGAUCCGUUUAGAUGCCGUUGCGUCGUGCAUUCGGUUGGAGCUAGGAGUCUGAGCAGUGCCUUCCUGAAAAGGAAAGGAACCAGGGAUGUGUGUUGGAUACCUUGUUCUGGCGGUGGAGACCAGAUCUGUGGCGAUGGCAUGGACGUGCUGAGGGGGCUUGGGUGGGAAUUUUUAAAAAGCCCCAGAAGGCCGGCUGCUAAGAGCCAUGCAAGCAUGUUGCGCAUGUUGGAUGUUAUUGGGGGGCGCCGCAGUCUGGCAACCUUGGCUUCUGCUAGUGCAGUAGAACUCGUGGAAGCUGAUGGGACGAGACAUGACUCCCACACCUUCGUGUGCAGGGAUGCUGAUGACGGAGAUCACCAUGCUGUCAGUGGUGGUGGCGUCUUCCAGUUUCAGGACAAAGAAAUGGGAGAGAGGAGGCAGAGGGACAUGAAAAGGAAGCGAAUAACGACAUCAGAUGCACUGCGCGCCUGUGGAGGUGACAACCAACAGUUUGCUGAAGUGUUGAAACGUGAUGUCGGGGAUGGUGACAUCAAGAAGCUUCUGAGUCUUUUGACUCUCCUAAAGAUUAGAGGUGACUGGGAGAUUGGAUUACGGGUUUUCGAAUGGAUCCGUAACCAGAGAUGGUACAGACCUGAUGUUAGAUUCUAUUCUCGUAUGAUGAACUUAAUGGGUGACGCUAAUCAGACAGAAAAAGCAAGGGAGCUGUUUGAUCUGAUGAAACAGGAAGGCUUGCAACCAAACAUAUAUAUCUACACAGCAUUGACCAGAGCCUACGGAAGGAUCGGUAUGAUUUGGAGAGGGAUUGCCCUGCUGCAGGAGAUGAAGAAGUCAAUUUCAUGUAAGCCAGAUAUAGUUGCCUACAAUGUUUUGAUUGGUGCCUGUCUCAGGGGUUCUUUUUGGGAGUUAGCAGAAGGGCUGUUGCGUGAUCUGCGAUCCAACGGUCUAUCUGCAACAACAAUAACCUAUAACACGUUUAUUGCUGCAUACGGCAAGACGGGGAUGUAUAAGGAGAUGGAGGAGAAGCUGAUGGAGAUGCAGCGAGCAGGUUGUCGUCCUACUGGUAGCACGUUCACCAUAUUGAUUAAUGCCUAUGGGAAAGCAGGGCGUCUGGACAAGAUGAAAGAGGUGUUUGAAUCGAUCCAUGUCCACAAGUGUGUGGCAAGUGUCUUUGUCUACAGCGCAAUGAUUGACACAUACGGGAAGGCGGGGAUGUACAAGGAAAUGGAAGAGUUGUGGGCUGAGAUGAAGAGGAAUGGUGGGAGGGCUAAUCAUGUGACGUACAGCACACUUGUUGAUGCAUAUGGAAAAGCUGGCGACCUUGCGAUGAUGGAGCAACUGAAGGAAGAGAUGUUGGAAGCAGGUUUCCCUCCAAAUAAGUUCACAUACAAUGCCCUGAUCAAUGCAUAUGGGAAGCGAGGAGCGUUUGAGAAAAUGGAGGCGGUAUUCAAGGAAAUGCGGGACAACGGCAGCGACCUUGAUUCGUUUGCAUUCACGACUAUGAUCGAUGCACAUGCUAAGUGGGGUAAUUGGGAAAGGGUGGAGGAGCUCCUCACAGAAAUGCGCAGAAGUGGAAUUCCUCGGAACAGGGUCACUUAUACGACCCUCAUCGAUUCCUACGGCAAAGCAGGAAGGAUAGCGGAAAUGGAGAGAACGGUUGCAACCAUGUUGUCGGAACACCUUUCGCCAGAUCCUGUGAUGUAUGGGGCGAUGCUGUUUGCGUAUGCCAAGGCCAGAAAUGUCGCAAAGAUGGAACAGAUUGCUAAGAAGAUUCCAGCUAUGGAGUCCUCCAUAGGGGCGGGCACGCACAGUGUCAUGAUCGAUGCAUAUCUUGCUGCAGGGAUGGUAGGAAAGGCCGUGCGACUGGCUGAUUGUGCAGUGAAGGCUGGACUGCAGUUCGACCCGUCGGUGUAUGAGAUGAUGGUGGAUGCUUAUGCUGCAUGGGGAAUGAUCGGAGAAGUGGACAAGUUGAUCAGUACUCUUGAACAACAAUGUUGCACAUCGACUAGUUUUGCUUACAUGUCACUCAUCUAUCUUUAUCUGAAGGCUGGUCGAUACGAGGCAGCCAAGAAAAAGUACAAGCAGCUUGAGCAGAUUUCGCGUGGGCAGGGUCUCAACACAUCAAUAUUGGCAAAACUGCUUGUUGGCAUGGCCAAUUGCAGAAGAAGGGGUGAGCAUGGUUCGCUGCCAUUGGUCGAUUGUUUGCGGGGGUCGCCGAGCAGGUUGUUCAGUGCUGUAGGAACCCUUUUAACUGUGGAGGACAGGCAUGCUGACGGGCAUCCUGACAAGGAUUGGGAGGAAGAAUGCAUGCACACGAUCAGGUCGCUCCUGCUCAAGGAGGAUAGCGAUAGAGUGUGGCCUUUGCUCAAUUCCUUGGUGGAUGCCUUGUGGAUUUCUGGGUUAAGGAAGCGCGCGAAGCUGUUGGUGUGGGAUACGUCAGACAGCUUGUGGGAAGGAGGGUGCGAAUGGACACCGGAUGAAUGGAAAGUCGACUUCCAUGGCAUGUCUGCUGGGAUGGCAUUACUCAUGCUGCACUCAUGGUUAACAAAUGCUGCUGAAAGGCUUGCAGCUCCCGGUGCCGAAGUUCCAACGCAGGUUACCAUAAUUACAGGGUGGGGAAAGAACAGUCGGGUGGAAGGGAACUCUCCAGUAAAGAAUGCUGUGAUGGGCAAGCUUAUGGAGUCAGGUUCUCCGUUCCCUGCUGUGCGUGAGGAUGUUGGGUGGGCAUCGGUGUCUGGGAACGAGUUCAAGGCAUGGUUGGAGAAGAUAAGAGAGAUGGAGGCAUUUGUACUGAGGGACGAAAGAGAGAGCUGAAGAGCAGGAGGUUGUUUGAGGAGAAUUAGUAGGAGGUGGCUCCUCGAAGGAGAAGUAGAGGGUGGCUUUGCCUCGGAUUCUCUUAUGUGCUGGGCAUGUCAAGGGACCAAGCUUGGGAGGCCUUAUGUCCACCAAGUGUGCCGGAACUCCAUCUAGCGGAGAGGUGUUGGACAUUGCGAUCGCUCAAGCGGCUCGGUAACAAUGACCAAUGCUACUGGGAGGACCACGUGGAGAGUCGUGCAGGAAAGGGUAAAAAUACGCACUGGAUCUAUGGGCUAAGAAUAAUAUCGAUUGCUUGCGAACAGCUGUGGCCUAUUCAAAUCAUUGUGUUUGUAUGCCUGGAACUCUGAAGCUCUUGUGUUUGGGCUCAUACCCUGUCAAUGCCUUGUGGCAUUUGCUUUGCUGCAAGCAGCAGCUGGGACCGUAUCGGCCCGUGGUCAAUGCAUGGGAUAGAACGAACUAGUCGGCAGCAAAUUGUCAUAGUGUUUCUUGGGGGAACAGACUCAGGAUGCAUCUGUAGUUCCUAAAGCUUGGCAUGGCUAGGGUUUGCGUGGGGUCCCUUGUUUUCAUAUGAAGGGUGCACAGCCUCUCUGAGGAAAGCUGUGUAUUAGUGGUGUCUGGCUGCCAUUACACGCUGGCCUUCUGAAGAGCUUCUGAACUACGGGAGUGGACAAUUGUUUGCGAGCAGGAUAAGAAUCAGUCCUAUGGUAGUACUCCCCGAGGUAGGAGAAUGGCCGUAGAAUAGUUCAUCUCUUCCUCGACGGACGAUCUUUCUGUGGAAUGUUGUAGUCAACUCAGCCUGAUUUUAGAUGGUAGAAGUGGAUCGAUGGUGACGCUUGCGCCUCUCGCUUGUUUGGCACGUAUUUCUGUCUGGCAACUAUGGUUGUAAUAUUCCUCGCGUUCUCCCACCUCGCCCUGUUUGACUUUUUUUGUGUUCCAAUUUCUAAGCGUUCACUGAUAGAGCCUACAGUUGUGUUGCUGCGUUGAUUCCUUUCUGUUGUAUGCAUUUGAAUUCAGAUGAGUGGAAGUGUGUACCUUUGCGGGACAGACUUGUGCUUCUUUUGGCACUUCUAUGCGAACAGUAAUUUAGAAAAUUUUUCUCUUGUCAAAAGUUCCACCGUUCAUUUUCCUGUCCUUUUGCUCUUUGGCAACAUUUGACUCUUCCUGUGUGGUUCAUCAUUAUGGCUGAUCUCUGAGUCCAGUGAGAUCUUCCACUGCCUUAGACUCCAAUACAGUCGGUUAUAUCAGCAUUCGUUUUAGUCGUCUGACACAAGUCCUGCUACGUUCUGGGGUUUGGCUUCAAGGGUAUUGCAAAAUCCAUGGCUUCACUGCAGGCUGCUUGCUGUUCCAGAAAGGGUUUGAGCAAAUGGUUCUUGUGAGACUAAGUCGUGACUGUGGUGAGUCGGCAAAGGCCAAUUAUUCUCUGGCUUUGAACUGUUGUCUGAGGUGUGCUGCUCAGCAAAGGCCAAUUUUUUCUCUGGCUUUGCACUGUUGUCUGAGGUGUCCUGGUCAGUGGACGUGAUAUUCGAGGAACACGAGCACCCAAACGC